AUGCUGUCCGUCGCACAGCCAGCCCUGGGCAUAGCGGCCGCUGCGCGCUGCUCUUCCACCCGGAUCCUUACUAUCAGCAGCCACUCGUAUGGCUCGCGAAGCUUCACACACAGCUCUUCCGACUCUGUACAGAGGGCGCGGCGGACGCUUGUGUCAUCAUCAUCAGGUAACAUCGCGACUUCGUCACGGACGGCAUCGUCCAACGCCGCCCAGCGACUUGUUCCGACAAGCCCCAUUUCGCAGACCAAGUUUCCUCCAUCCUCUUUCCCGCCAUCGUUCGGAUCAAAUCAGCUCGUGCCAGUCUCCGAUGAGACGAGCAAACGACUGCACGGAAUACUCGCAAAUUUUGAUGCUCCAGUGCGCUUCGCAUUUGCCUACGGCUCGGGCGUGUUCUCGCAGAGCGAAGCCGGUCCAGAGCACUCGAAGCGCCCCCAGACCAAGGACGGCAAGAAGAUGAUCGACUUUAUCAUGGCCGUCACACAUCCACAUCACUGGCAUUCGCUCAACAUGGCCCAACAUCCGAGACAUUACGCCAUGCUCAGUCGCCUCCUCGGAGGAAUCGGCAUCUCACUCGUGCAGCCCAGGGGAGCCAAGAUCUGGUACAACCCUUACAUCAGGCUCGACGACGAGUUGGUCAAGUACGGCGUCAUCAGCGUCGACGACCUCUGCACCGAUCUGCUCGACUGGGAGACGCUCUACGUAAGUGGGCGCAUGCACAAGCCCGUCGCGCUCGUCACCUCGGAUGCCAGGGUGCGGCUAGCGCAGCAAGUCAACCUCGCUUCGGCGUUGCGUACCGCACUUCUUCUACUCCCACGCGAGUUCAGCGAGGUGGAGCUCUAUACACGCAUCGCCUCACUUAGCUACACGGGUGACUUCAGGAUGUCGGUGCCCGGAGGCGAGAAUGCCAACAAAGUGCGCAACAUUGUCCUCAAUCAACGCGAAGAGUUCAGACGUCUGUACGCCGGGCUCAUGCGCAACCUGGGCACGCUGUCCAUCGAGGAGGUCAGAGACAACCGUUUCAGGAUUCUGCAGGAUGUCUCGGCCUCAACCAGAGCUUCCUACGCUGCUCGUCUACCAAGAUGUUUGCGACAGAAGGUGCAAGAUCACUACACGAGCCAACCGGAUCUCGAUCCAGCGUUCUUGAAGUUGUCUCUCUCCAAGACGCUCGACACGGUGCCUCGCAGGCCGUCGAGCAUCGAGCGCGAAGAGGUCUUGAAUGCCUUUUGGAAGGCAGCCGUGCAGAGAGACGACUUUGGCCAAGUGCUCCUCCAAAAGAUCAGCCAAACAGUCAAAGGCCCGGCCUGGUCGCAGUCCAUCAAGGGUGUAUACACGGCAGGCUUUACCAGAACGCUCCGUUACGUUACUGCAAAGAUUGGAAAGGGUCAACGCACAAAGCAAUUCAAAAAUCGUCUGUUAUCAAGAGCGCCCGUGCGAUGUGUGAUCGUGUACGCAUUUCCACCCUUUUCCGUUGUGCAUCGACCUUCCUCGGUCGCCGAGCGGCCAGCUCUGCGCAUUGCUGAGCCCAAGUUCGACCCCGCCCCGUCUGGUCAUCCGAUGCGGCACACCUACUUUUGUGAACAGCAAUCAACAUCGUUCGACCAUCCUAUACACCUGUCUGAGCUUGAGACGCACUUCAGCGCGUCGCGAGCGACCAUCUCGCUUUUCACCAUUCCGGCACCACGUCAUCUCAAGCGACUCUCCCUUUGCUCGCCCACGCUGCCUUCUUCGCCUGGGCUGCAUGACAACGACACAUCCGCAUCCGAUCUCUUCUCGUCCUCGUCGCAUUCUGAUAGCGCUCACGACACCUCGUUUGGCAGUUCAACCAAGUCCAGCGCUUCGGAGUCGCCCUCCUCUUCAGAGCGGGGCUCCUCCCAAGGCGCGGACGGACUUGGGUUAUCGCUUGCUGCUUCUCAUGACCUUCGCCUCAGUCGUGCCAAGAAAGCAGUUCAUCACUUGCGUACUUACUCCUCCACUUCCACAGCCAGCUUUGUAUCUCAUGCUUCAACAUCACGUCAGCCUUCUGCAGAGAUUCUAGAGGAGGAGGAGCCAUCCAGGUCCAGCCCAGCUGUUCAUCGCACCAGCGACACCGCCACAACCAUGUCGCAAUACCAUUCCGACAAGUCACCCAGCCGCUCACGCGUCCGCACUCGAUCGCACGCAGGCUCCAUCUACGAGGCCAACCAAGAUAUGUCAGCGUCGAUGCUUUCUAUCGCUGAUCCCACCAACAUGGACCAGAUCGAAAACAGCGUCCGUCAAUCCAAGACCAUCGAAGAUUUCACCAACAUUAUCAGCGAGUUCCGUAUGAAUCGUCAGACGCUCUAUCCAGACUCCCUCGCCGGCUCGCUCGCGCAUGAUGCAGACUCAAUUCCAACCAGCACGAGUCAGCACAGUCUCGAUCGGCGCAGCGAGGCACCCGAGAAGGAUAGAUGCACCUGCUGCUGCAACAAAGAGGAUUGCCCUCGUGCCCUACGUGCGCGUCAAGAAUGGCGUGACCUCGAAGCUGACCUCCGUCUUAGCGCCGAGAUCGGCCAAGCUCUACUUCGCCGCCACGAUGCCAUGCAGGCAAAGCUACAGAAGCAGGCCGAAGAGUAUAUGCAGCAGCGCGACGGUCUCAUGACCCGCUUGACCAAGAGCUACAAGGAGACUUCCGCUCUCGAGCGCGAGCUGGCUCAAACCAAUUUGAACCUCGAAGCAGGCGACAGCAGCAACCGUGCUCUUCUGCACGAGCUCGAUGACGCCCGCAACCAACUCACCAAACUCAAGGCUUCGCAGUCCCGACUAGCCGGCGCGGACGAGAGGGUCAAAUCGCUCGAGCGCGAGCUCGAUGAUCUCAAACAGGAGCUCGCUGCCGAACGCAAACGCGCACAGACAGCAGAUGCCAGGUCGCGGAAGCUUGAAUACAAGUCCCUUCAGCUCAAAGAAGCCCUGAAUAACGCGCGCAAAGCGACCACCGUCGAUGCCGCCGUUACCACCGGGGCCUUCUUCGAUGACCAUGCAAUCCGAUCGGCACGGGAACGCUUGACUCGUGGCCUCCAUCACCAGCGCUCGUUCUCAUCGGCCACCAAUGCGUCCAAUCAAAGCGACAACGCAGACCACGCACAGGCAAUCGGCGACCUCGUCCGCGACAAUGAAGCUCUGCGCAAUGACAACGACAAGCUCAGGAGCCUCGUCGACACUUGCAACGAAGAGCUAGAUACCCUGCGCAGCUCCGUCUCCAAUGCCAUCACCCUGGUCGCGUCACCAGCCCCAGAUUUGGGCAGAUUUGACAGCCAAUCGUCCUCCUAUCCUGAAGCUGGAGGCCUCGCCAGCUCGCUUGCGCACGUUCCCACAUCAAAGUCGACCGUCAACGAUACAAACUUGCGCGAGCUGCAGUGCGAUGUUCACGGCGAUGCAGCAGGAGGACAACGUGUUGCGACUCACCCAUCAAUGACCUCUCAGGCGUAUUCGACAGGGUCCUUCACGUUCCCGCCCAUGUCACCCAAUGCAGAUGGCCCUGCAACCAUUGUCACCCGCAGCGAGUCUCUGGCCUACACUGCGGAUAGUAGCGCCACAAGCCAACCCACAGAUUCAAACUCUUUUGCUCCGAGCUCUCGUUCCAGUGCGACAAGCCGCGAUACCGAGAAGGUCACUGCCGACUUUUUGCAUUCUGAUCCUACACGUCGCGAAAGCCGCACCGCGCAGCUAAGUCAGCUUCUGGAGUACAUCAACCGCCUUUUCAACCGGCUUUCGACGGCCGAUGUCGACACACUGACACGUCGUUUGCAAAGACAGAAUCUUGCAGGCGAUGCAGGUCACCUGGCCAGAACCACGGUCCACUCGAUCCUUCGCGACGUCGACGGUAUGCGUGAUCAUUUCCGCAAGCUCAUCGAGACCGAAUCUCGCAACAACGCCAGGGACGACAACUCCGCCCAUUCCAAGGACUUUGCCGGCGAAAGUCUGGUCGCGAGGAAGGAAUUCUUUGCUCUCCUCAAGGUGUUCCGCGACAUUCUUUGCGAACUUGCCAAGCUGCGACUCUGCAUCAACGACAUCCAUCUGAGUCCAGGUCAGGCGGCCAAGCUUCUUCACGAUCACCUCGGUGCAAAUGCAGCCGAGGACCGAUCAUUGAUCCCAAUCCCAUCCGCGGUCAACUGGCUCGGCAAGAUGUUGUUAGGUGGUCAUAGUGGUGCCCCUUCCACAUCAUCGUCGGGCGCCAGCUCGCCCGCUGCAGCUCUCACAGUGCCAGACGCAUCGAGCGCAUCUGGCGCCAAGGGCCCAAGGCCGACCACCGGCAGGAGCAUUUCCGGCAACUACGCGAGCCACCUCGCCCCUCGUGCUUCGCCUGCCGUCGUCUCGUCAACGCUCGCGGUGGAGGUCAGGGGCACGCAUGCCUCUGCAGCCGAGUCGAUGCAGCAACGACUGUCUGUUUCACCUCAAACGCCGGUGAAUAGCAGUCUCCGCGCAGGACCGCGCCCGCAACGCGGCCGAUCCCAAGUUUCGCUCACCCGCAUGCAAUCUCGGAACUUGUCUGGCAUGUUCGCUGGCAGCCUGGCGGCGCCAUCGUACACUGGUCUUGAGUCGGCUCGUGGUAGUCUGUCAGGCCUUAGACAAACAGGAGAUGUCUCGAAGACAACGGGAUCCUGGCAGCGCCCCUUGUCCCGUAUUGUUGAUGAUGACGAGAUCAGCAUCCAUCGAGGUAGGGCUAUCCGUCAGCAAGUGUUCGACGACAGCGGCGAGGAGGAUUCGGAUGAUGAUUUGAAAGGCAGCGGCAACCUUCUCGAGCGCACUCUGCGACCUCGUGGACUCAGCGAUAGCUCGAUCAGAAGCACGUUUCUUGACCUGAAGGACGGUGCCAGCGGAGGUCUCGUGUCGCCUGCUCCAAACAGGCUGCGUCCCUCGCCAAUCUCGCGUGUUAUCACUCCUGCGACAUUGUCGUUGCAUUCCACGCCCAGUGCGCCUACAGUGGCUCCCAUGUCGCAUGGCAAUCAGGACAGACGCAGCACGGAUGGCAAUGCAUCGCCGUCGGUCUCGUCGGAACGGUCUGACAGCCUCACCCCGGGCGCAGUCGGCGUCGCUGGAGGUGUCGCGAGCUCCUUCUUCAGCCGCUCGGAGAAGGUGUUAUCUUUCUUAAGCGGCGGCGUAGUGGGCUCGGCUGCUCCGAUCCAACCCAGUACCGCGUCAAGUGGUCCCAGUGGUCCCUCCUUGCGUCAAACGCCGUCUAUAGCUGCCCUCAACAAGGCAGCAGCACGUGGGGCGGCUUCGCAUGACUUGUCGGCUUCGCCACGGAACACACCUGCCACCACCCCGCCAGGAACGACAGAGGCACGUUCGCAGGCCGGUUUAGGGCUGGGUCUACCGCAACGACCGGCUCUGGGAGACCUAGCCCGUGUUCGAAUGGAAAUGCCACAGCGGUUCGUCUUGACCAAGUCAAGCAUUGAGACUCAGGUCUGA